AUGCGCCUCUCUCACAUCUUCGCCGUCCUGGCCUCCGCGGCCUCUCUGAAGACCGCGGCCGCCUACAAGAAGGACAACGUCUGCGCGCAGUGCAUCGACAGAUGCCCUGUCCCGAACUACCGCCCGUACAUGUGGACCAACGUCUGCUCUUGGUGUAUCAACUCCAUCCCUUGCAGGCAACUUUACCACGACCAUGGCCUUCUCCCACCGGAAUGGAUGCCGGGAGGUGGAGUCCACCCGGCUCAGAGGGACUCGUACCAGCCCAGGUCCGGCCUCAAGCCGAUCGAUGGAUCGUAUCCCGACAUUGAGAUUGAGGAGGAUGCGCCGCCGACAAAUUCGACUGCCUGA